AUGGCGAGCGCCGGCGCGGCGAUCGGAGCGCGCGCGGCCCGCGCCUGCGACGGCUGCAUGCGGCGGCGGGCGCGGUGGCACUGCGCCGCGGACGACGCCUACCUGUGCCAGGCGUGCGACGCCUCCGUCCACUCGGCCAACCCGCUCGCGCGGCGCCACCACCGGGUGCGCCUCCCCUCCUCGUCCUCGCCGGCGGCCACCUCCUCCCUCCAGCACGCCGACCCCGACGAGCCCGCGUGGCUGCACGGGCUCAAGCGCCGGCCGCGCACGCCGCGGUCCAAGCCCGGGACGGUGGGCAAGCACGGCGCGCCCGCCGCCGCGAAGGCCGCGGCUGCCUCGGCGGUCCCCGAUCUCGAGGCGGAGGACUCCGGCUCCGGCAUCGUGGGUGACAACGACGACGUCCACGGCGUGGAGGUCGACGACGAGGAUCUCCUGUACCGCGUCCCGGUGUUCGACCCCAUGCUCGCCGAGCUCUACAACCCCAUGCCGGUCGACGAGUUCCGGGAGCCUCUCGAGCAGAAGCCCGCCGUCUGCUGCUUCUCGUCGCUUGCCAAGCAGCCGUCGUCGGAGUACGCCUCGGGCGUGGCCGGGGCGGCAGACGGGUUCACCGGUUUCGACGUCGUGCCGGACAUGGAGCUCGCCAGCUUCGCCGCGGACAUGGAGAGCCUGCUCAUGGGAGGAGUAGAAGAGGGGUUCGACGACCUGCGGUUCUUGGACGAAGAGAAGCCCCAGCUGAACCUUGACUUCGACAUGGCGGACUUCGAUGAUCAGAGCACCGCGGCGCCGGCGCCGGAGCAAGAGUCGUUAGAGGACAGGAAAAGGAAGCGGUCGGACUCGGGGAUGAUACUUAAGCUCGACUACGAGAGGGUCAUCGACUCCUGGGCCCAUGACGGCGGCUCGCCGUGGUUCUACGGCGAGCGCCCCCACAUCGACCCCAGUGAUGAUUCCUGGCUGGAGUUACCGGCGGGGAGCCGGGGGUUCGGGCUCGGCGCAGCGGUGACGGCGGUGACCGGCGGCGAGCGGGAGGCGCGGGUGUCGCGGUACCGGGAGAAGCGGCGGACGCGGCUGUUCGCCAAGAAGAUCCGGUACGAGGUGCGCAAGCUCAACGCCGAGAAGCGGCCGCGGAUGAAGGGCCGGUUCGUGAAGCGCACCGCGCUGCCACCGCUGCCGCCGCGGCCGCCGAUGGUGCUCGCGGGCCACGGCCACGGCGGCGCGCACGGGCGCUUCCGUUUUUGA